ACUGCAGCGAAGAAUCGUACUGGGAUCCAUCAGGCACGGCAGGAGUGGCUGCAGAGGGAAAAAUCUUAACAUCUUUGAUGAAAAAAAAGGGGUUUAAAAUGUGAUCAGUUCUUCCAACCUUUGUUAUCUUGGGAACGAACGCGUGCCAAACAAUUAGUUUGUCCUCUGUCGCACUCUAGUGGACACUGCUAGUAUGUAUUUUUGAAAUUCAGAUGUAAAAUUUACACAGAACAAAAUUAUGUAUAGCGACUAGAUUUUAACUAAAGAAAAAAAUGUAUAAAAUAAUUAACUGUAAAACACACUGUAAUAUCGACACAUAGUAGAAAUAUGGUCUGAUUGAAAUAUAGCAUAUAUUUGUUGAAAUUGACAAACAAAAGCAAUUUGAAAUUCUGUUAUAUAACCUUAAGGCGCUUCAUAAUUACUGACAUUAAUUGAAGUUUAAUAAUACAUACCGAUGCAUUUUUUUAUUUCACCGUUUCACGUCUCUAUUAGCCAUCAGCCUAUUUUAUUAAAAUUGUUUUUCACAGGUAUCUGGGUCACGAUAUUGCAUUCAUAUUAUAUUUGAAAAACAAAACAAAACGUUAUUUUACAGAAUAAACGUUCAAUUUGACAACGCUUACCGCGGCGCGCGUUGAUGACGUCAUCAGUAUCAACCAGACAACAACAACAAAGCUCAGCUGUUCGGCAUCUGAUAAGCCGACCUCGUCACGCUAUGCAAAUAUCAAAUUCAUGUGCAGUCUGCGGUUUUUUACGAUUCGCCCUCAGAGGAGACUAAUACGUCCCUAACAUCGGGUUAUUUUACCAAUUGGUUGCACAGUUCGGACUUUGUUUCAGCGUUUGUUAGCAGGUUAGCUUUUCCACCGAGGACGGAAGGAAAGCUUUCGGAGCGGACAGAGAUUUAUGGCCGAGGCCGACCACCAGAGCUCCUGGUGGAGAUUCUGACCGUUACCAAUGUCCACCAAAAUCUCCCCGCUCCUUAUCAUGUCCCCCCGGAAGAGGCCCCUUCUUCCUGUCAGCAGCCGGCGGAAAGCGGAGGAUGACUACUUCCCCUUUAACUUUCUGCCGGUGGAGUGUCAGCUCCACAUCUUCUCCUUCCUGAACGAGCUGGACAAGUGCAGCUGCGCCCUGGUGUGUCUCAGCUGGAGCUGCCUGCUCCGCUCCGGGAAGCUGUGGCGGCUGGCCGACUACUCCCGCCGCGGCGUCUUUCACCUGGGCCAGGAGGGGAUGCUGGUGUCCAACCGCGAGUUUGAGAGGUGGAAGUCUUGGGUUCAUCACUACACUCAUCACCUGAUUUCCCGCCGGGCCAGCCUGCUGACCCUGAAGGCCAGUUUUGAUCUGGGGGACCGCUGCAAUAACUGGGGGGACCUGCUCAGCCACCUGCUGGACAACGUCCACUGCAGGGACCUCAGCCACCUGGACCUCAACUGGACAUACUCGCUUUUGGAGCCCCUGGAUCUCAGGGUCCACCCCGGCUCCAGUUCCAGCUCGCACCAGGACAGCAGCACCAAGUUUGACCAGGUGACCAGCUUCCAGGAGCUGCUGACCAAGCUGACCCACAGCUGCCCGCGGAUCUCCAAGAUGAGGAUGCACUUCGACUGGUCCGACGUCUCCUUGUCUCUCAUCACCCAGUUCCAGCAGCUGCGGGUCCUGGAGCUCAAGUACUUCUGGGUCUUCAAAGGAGUCACCCCUUCCACCCUCCAGACCCUCACCAAGUCGCUGCCGAACCUCAAGUCCCUGACUCUGCACAUCCUGGUGCCGCUGAGGAACCUGGGCAUGUCGUACACGCUGGAGUCCAUGUCGCUGGAGUUCCUGGACGUGUCCCCCAGCAGGGGCCUGGUCUUCUCCUCCCUGAAGCUUCCCGCCCUGCGAGAGCUGCGCGCCAAGAAAAUCGUGCGUGGCAUCACGCUGGACCGGCGCACCAGACUGAGGAUCCAGAGCCGCUGGCCCUGCUUGUACCAAGUCCUCCGAGAGGGGGCGCCCAAGCUGCAGGCGCUCAACAACGAGCGGCUGCUGCCCACGUGGAGAGAGACGCGCUACGGCGAGCUGUCGGCCAUCUUGCAGCAGUCCUGCUACUGUGUGCAGCACCUGGACAGCUGGCUCUGGUAGCCGGCCCUGUGGGGACCCGUCCAGCAAGGUGCUCUUAGGAAACCGUCCUGAAACAUUGCUGCUCAUGCUGGCUCCCGAAGGCUCCAACACAUUUCAGACUUACACGAUGAAGUUGUAGCUGCUAGCGUUAGCUUAGGCUUUUAUCUAGAGUUUACAUCUCGCCCGAGUCCUCGCGUGUUUAAUCCACAAUCUCGCCCUGGCUUGUAACUCCCCCGUCGCCAACAGGGGGCGCCAGAUGGCGCCAGUCGGCCACUGCUUCAAAACAAUGCCUCAUCUCAGGCCAGGCCAACCGUCGCUCAGCGAGAAGCUCCUGUUGCUGCCGGGGUCCACCACUGUAUUUGAAUCCGACUCUCAGCCGUCAUCCCUUCUGAUCAAGACUUGUUCGACUCGCACACCUAGCUCAAGUGCAAGUCAGUUAAUGAUCUAGAGUUUUUUUCCCCCCGAGUCAAGUUAAAAUCAGUGAAACAUGCUGACGUUUUAAACAUUUGGAUUUCAAGGUUUUUAUUUUUUAGAACUUUUGACAAUCGAAACAGCCGGAUACAAAUGCUAUUAGCAUCUGACUUGUCUCUUCCUUCACCCACUCUUUCCAGUCUCCAGAGAACGACUGAACAACCGAGGCUGUAAUCCCAUUACAGUUAGAGUAAACAUGCACUUCUGUGCAACACAACAUCUGUUUGAAAAGAAAGUGCUACACUUCAAAGUUAAGUCACUUUUUAUGCCUUAGUCAUAAAAAUAGGCGAAGACGUUCUGAACUGAAACAUUCUCAUCGGAAACACAUUCCUUUUCUACUAUUUAUUCUGCAUAUGUUUGAUUGUGAUCAGGACUGUUGUGACUCUCUCUGUAAAUUCUGUUAUUUAAUCUCAUGGAUUGUGACCCCUGAAUUUAGACAUUUCGUGUCUUCAAGUCUUCAUUUUAUCUCUCAAUUCUUUCUUAGUCUCACGCAGAAACAGAAAUUUGAAUCCCACAAAUCUUUAUUACUUGCUGUCUGACUUGUAUUCGUAACAUUUUAAAUCUCACCUUAACUCUGACAGUCACUUUCACUGCUACUCAUCGUAGAGAUAUUUCUUGAAUUUAAAAUGAAUGUUUCUGGUGUGAAAAAAAUCCUGGAUUCUUUAGCGGUUUAAAGAAGUUUUGGGGCGUCUCAGAUUAAGGUUGUUUAUAGUACGAGCCCAGACUUGUUUGAUUUCAUAUUUCAACUAACUACAUUCCACACUUUUAUUUUGAGGUCUUCCCACUCAGUUUUUGCAGUGAUCGGGACCGAUGGCAGACUGAAGUGUUGCCGUGCUGUCACCUCUUAAACCCUUCCAUCUGCUCGAACUCUUACAUGCUGUUUCCUCAUUAGGCAGGUGCUCGUAAUGUUUUACAGUGGGCUUCAAUUUCUCUUUUAUUUGGAUGCAGAUUUAGGUUUGAACUCUUGUGUGUUUGUUGUGUGGCUGUAAACCAGGACCUGACGUCUGAUCCUGAGACUGAUUAAACAUGUGGAGAGCUGCACAUGCGCACUGGGUCGCUAACGAACUCCGCCGCGUUUCCUCCUCCGGCCACCAGGGGCCGACAAUUUUCAACCUUCUGGACACACUUGAACUCUGUACCUUUGCUUCCAGGAUUCCAUGAAGCCUCGGUGGAUGUUUGUGUGUGGGAAAUGCGAAGAGGUGUGGGUGUCUGUUCGGGGACGGGCUGCGUCCCGUCGCACCCAGCCCCGGCUCCUUAAUCGAGGCCAGCCAGCGCCGGGACUGUGGGCUGCGUGAGAGCCGGAGCGCUGACGUGUGGGAAGGUUGUUUUUGCUCUGACUGCAAGAAAGAAACAAAGAGGUUUUUAAGAAGCAGAAGUG